AUGCCUACGGGUUCUAUAGGUUACGUAUUGGAUUCAUGUAAAGUCAUUCUUGAUUCAACUGGAAUAGAUGAAACAAUUAACUGUAGUUCUCAGCUUACUGAUGAACAAACGCUUGAGUUACAGAGAUUACUUUCGAAAUACAAGGAGUGUUUCUCAAAUGGACUUUAUGAUCUUGGGUUUACGAAUGCUACAGAAAUGGUAAUUGAGUUGGAAGACUCUGAACCUGUCGUUUACCGUCCCUACCGCAUGUCUUAUACUGAGCGACAACUAGUAAGAGACAUGAUAAAAGAGAUGGCUGACAGUGGAAUCAUAAGAGAAUCAUCAUCGCCCUAUGCCAGCCCAAUUGUAUUGGUACAAAAGAAAACUGGUGAGAAACGACUAUGUGUCGACUACAGGGCUCUUAACAGAAAGACGAAGAAAACUCAUUAUCCAUUACCUCGAAUCGAAGAUCAAUUAGAUUUACUAGCAGGUAAUACUUUAUUUACAUCAUUGGAUUUGGCUUCUGGCUAUUACUAG